AUGUUUGCUGUCCACUUGCUAGCUUUCCAUUUCACAAAGCUAAAAGAGGAUCAAAUAAAAAAGGUUGACAGGUACCUGUAUCACAUGCGUCUCUCUGAUGAUGUCUUGCUGGAUGUGAUGGCUCGCUUCCAGGCUGAGAUGGUGAAGGGCCUGGGGAGAGACACAAACCCCACAGCAACAGUAAAAAUGCUGCCGUCAUUUGUGCGCUCACUUCCCGAUGGCUCAGAGAAGGGUGAAUUCCUUGCUGUUGACGUGGGUGGCUCCCAGUUUCGUGCCCACCAGGUGAAGGUGUUUGAUGACGGGAAGCAGAGCAGCCAGCUGGAGAGCGAGUUUUACCCUACACCCAAGGAGGUCAUACAGGGGAAUGGAGCUGAGCUCUUUGAUUACAUUGCUGACUGUCUGUUAGACUUCAUGGAGACCAAAAACCUGAAGCAUAAGAAGUUACCUCUCGGUUUUACAUUUUCUUUUCCAUGCAAACAGUCCAAAUUAGAAGAGGGGGUUCUUCUUGCCUGGACGAAACACUUCAAGGUCAGAGGAGUUCAGGACACAGAUGUGGUCAGUUCUCUGCGCAAGGCCCUCCAGAAGCAUAAGGACAUAGACGUUGAUGUUUUGGCACUGGUCAAUGACACUGUGGGAACCAUGAUGACUUGUGGAUAUGAUGACCAGCGCUGUGAAGUUGGACUCAUAAUUGGAACUGGCACCAACGCCUGUUACAUGGAGGAAAUGAGGCAUAUCGAUCUGGUGGAAGGCGAUGAAGGGAGGAUGUGCAUUAACACAGAGUGGGGUGCCUUUGGAGAUGAUGGUGCUUUGGAUGACCUCCGCACAGAGUUUGAUCGGGAGCUAGAUCUGGGAUCUCUCAAUCCUGGAAAACAAUUGUUUGAGAAGAUGAUCAGCAGCCUGUAUUUGGGGGAACUUGUAAGACUCAUUCUCCUAAAAAUGACAAAAGAGGGUCUGCUCUUCAAUGGGAAGGUGUCAACAGCUCUGCUUACUAAGGGCAAGAUUGAAAUGAAACAUGUCUCUGCAAUGGAAAAAUAUAAGGAAGGUCUGAGCAACACAAAAGAGAUCCUUACAGAGCUGAACCUGUUUCCCUCUGAAGAGGACUGCAUCGCUGUUCAGCAUGUCUGCACCAUCGUUUCCUUCCGCUCGGCCAACCUCUGUGCUGCCGCCUUGGCAGCCAUUCUGACCCGACUAAGAGAGAAUAAAAAACUGUUGAGGAUGCGAACGACGGUUGGGAUUGAUGGGGGACUCUAUAAAACCCACCCCCAAUAUGCUAAACGUCUGCACAAGGUGGUGAGAAGGCUGGUCCCAAACUGUGAUGUUCGGUUCCUCCUCUCUGUGAGUGGCAGUGGGAAGGGGGCUGCCUUGGUCACAGCAGUGGCUUACAGGCUGGCUGCUCAGCGUAAGCAAUUUGAUGCUGCUCUUGCACCAUUUCUGCUGUCCCUGGAGACCCUCAGAGAAGUUAAAAACAAAAUGAGGACUGAGCUGGAAUAUGGGCUAAAGCGAGAGACCCAAGCUAGUGCCACAGUGAAGAUGUUACCCACAUAUGUCUGUGGGACACCAGACGGAACAGAGAAAGGAAAGUUCCUUGCCCUUGAUCUUGGUGGGACAAAUUUCAGGGUUCUGCUGGUCAAAAUCAGAAGUGGGAGAAGAAGAUCUGUGCAAAUGUAUAACAAAAUCUUUGCCAUUCCUUUGGAGAUCAUGCAAGGGACAGGAGAAGAGCUCUUUGAUCAUAUUGUCCAGUGCAUAGCAGACUUUCUGGAGUACAUGGGGAUUAAAGGUGCUCGCCUGCCUCUGGGCUUCACCUUCUCCUUCCCGUGCAGGCAAGCCAGCAUUGACAAGGGAACACUUGUGGGAUGGACGAAAGGUUUCAAGGCAACAGACUGUGAGGGAGAAGAUGUUGUUGAUAUGCUGAGAGAAGCCAUCAGGAGAAGAAAUGAGUUUGACUUGGACAUUGUAGCAGUGGUGAAUGACACCGUUGGGACAAUGAUGACAUGUGGAUAUGAGGAUCCAAACUGCGAGAUUGGCCUUAUUGCAGGAACAGGCAGUAAUGUGUGCUACAUGGAGGACAUGAAAAACAUAGAGAUAGUGGAAGGGAAUGAAGGAAAAAUGUGCAUUAACACAGAAUGGGGAGCAUUUGGUGACAACGGCUGCAUUGACAACAUCAGAACGAAGUAUGAUAAAGAAGUAGAUGAAGGCUCACUAAACCCAGGGAAACAGAGGUAUGAAAAAAUGACCAGUGGAAUGUACCUAGGUGAAAUAGUAAGGCAAAUUUUGAUCGACUUAACCAAACAAGGACUGCUGUUCAGAGGACAGAUUUCGGAAUCACUCAGGAAAAGAGGCAUAUUUGAAACAAAAUUCCUGUCUCAGAUUGAGAGUGAUCGGCUCGCCCUCCUCCAAGUCCGGCGAAUUCUGCAGCAGCUUGGCCUGGACAGCACAUGUGAAGACAGCAUCAUUGUGAAAGAGGUGUGUGGAGCUGUUUCAAAAAGAGCUGCCCAGCUCUGUGGGGCAGGACUGGCGGCUAUUGUAGAGAAAAAGAGAGAAAACCGAGGUGUGGACCGCUUGCAAAUCACCGUUGGAGUAGAUGGGACUUUGUACAAGCUCCAUCCCCAUUUUUCUAGGGUCCUACAGGAAACAGUGAAGGAACUGGCACCUCAGUGCGAUGUGACUUUCAUGCUUUCUGAAGAUGGAAGUGGGAAGGGAGCUGCCCUUAUUACUGCAGUAGCAAAAAGAUUGCAUAAUGUUGGACAGAAGUGAAAAUGAGAGGUCAAGUAAUUUCAGCCCUGCCAGGCAUGCGCUCUAGAUUUGCUGAGUGGUGAUUCAACAUAGCUUUGCCAGACACCAGUACACAGGUACCUGUUUUCAGGGAACAGCUAGUUUUGACCAACCAUAAUCACGGAUUUUUGUCCUUUGAUAAGUUGGAUCAGAGGUUUCUGCUCCCCACCGGCAUUAUGUCUUGGCAUACCACAGUCUACUCAGUUCUGUACUUUCUGCAAUACAUCUAUAAUGUAUAUGGGAGAGUGAAAACAAACAAAGCAAAAUUAUCAACCCCAAAUGUGUCUUUUUACUAUGGCUUAAUUAAGCUACUGCACUACAGUUCAGUUUAUCACUAGUUUCUUAGGGUUUCUGUGUGGUUUAGUUUUGGCUUGGCCUGGCUCAAGGAAUAUUGAGAUCCUGAUGUUGCAUCUAUCUAGUGGACAUACUUGUUCAAUGCUUCACAGGUUUUACAAUAAAUCUGCAGGUAAA